UACUCUCCAUAAACCCUUCGUUUCCCUAUAAACCCUCUUUGUUUCUUCUCAAACAGAGGCGAGUGAAAAUGAUACAUUUUCUUGCACGAAGAAGAUCAAAUUUACGAUCUCGAAUCUUCCAUCAAACACCCAAUCUAAGCUCUUUGCUCUUCUCUUCCAAAUUUAACCCCCAAAACACUCACAAUUUCCCGCCAAAUGACCACAAAUCAAGGCAAUCAAGCUUCCAAGAUUCGAUAUCUUGUAUUGGGAAUUCAAUUCCUGUGUUAAAUUAUUCUGGGUAUUCAAUAAAUUUGCUUAAAAAUGCGAAAUUAUCAAAUGGGUAUAAUCAGGGUUUGAUUUUUUCAAGUGGGGUUCGAUGUUUCAGUUCUCAAAUUGCAGACCCAGCAACUUCUGAUGGAUUAACUGUGGAACGAAUUGUUGCUAGUCGAUGGCCAAUACUUGAUGAAGAUGAAGGUGAUUGGAAGAGUCAUGCUUCUGCUGUUGCACAGUCUAUUCAUCUUAUUAAAAAGCGAUUGCAGUGGAAAAAGUUGCUGGUGCGCUUGGACAUGUUAUCAGCUGAGUUGGAUAAACCGAAUCUGUGGGACGAUCCUGUUCAUGCUGGAAAGAUUAGUCGUGAGCAUGGUUCUCUCAUGGGAAAAGUGAACGAGGUAAUUGAGUUUGAGCAGGAGUUGAUUGAGCAUAUUGAUAUGCUGAAGCUUGCUCGAGAAGAGAAUGAUUCAGAGUUGGAAUCGGAAACAAUGAAUGCUUUACUUAAAAUGAGAAGAGAUUCAAAGGAAAGAGAACUUGAUGCUAUGUUAUCUGGUGAACAUGAUUCCGCUUCUUGUUACAUUGAGGUUCAAGCUGGAGCCGGUGGCACAGAGAGCAAUGACUGGGCUUUUAUGGUCAUGGAAAUGUACAAAUCCUGGGCACAACGAUGUGGAUAUCGUGUUAGUGUUCUGGAGGAAAUGGCUGGUGAAAUUGCAGGGAUCAAGCGGGCAACAAUCAAAGUAGAUGGUGAAUAUGCAUAUGGAUAUGCAAAAGCAGAAGUUGGGGUACACAGAUUGGUUCGUAUUUCUCCAUUUGAUAGUGCAAAACGCAGACAUACGUCAUUUGCUGCUGUAGCAGUUAUUCCAAUCCUCAAAGAUGUAUCCACACGUGUGGAGAUUAAAGAAUCAGAUCUCCGCAUUGAUCGAUAUCGUGCUGGUGGAGCUGGUGGUCAGUCGGUCAACACUACAGACAGUGCUGUGAGGAUAACUCAUAUCCCUACAGGGAUCGUUGCUACUUGUCAAAAUGAAAGGUCCCGCUGGAAAAAAUCUUCUGUAAUUAGGAAUUUGCCCUCAGUUAAUCCCAUGAAUGCUGUUGAAAUAAUAUGAACGAUUUGUCCAGGGUUCUUCCAAGUUUUUCACUGACACUAGGUAACUUUGAACUUAAAGUUUUGCACUCUUCCUCAGUUUGCAAAUAAUAGAUUCCUCCGUCUUACUCUAGUAAUUCACUUUAGGAAAUUCUCUCAAAAGACCAUGAUAAUCCUUUUUUUUUUUUUUGACAAUAUGAUAAUCUUUGAUAAUAUGUACUGUUACAAACAUCAUAUAUUGAUACUAUGGAUCAAUUCCAAAAAAUAGUACUGGAUAUGAAAAGUGGUCUACAAUUAUUGUGGCCUAAAAAAGGUGGGAGAAAGGGAGCACACAUUCUUAAUUAAGGAAGACUUUCAUUAAGUUAUUGUAAGACAGGUUAAAGUUAUCCUACAAUUAUUUUUAAAGUUACUCUUAUAUUAUACAAAAGUUACUAUUUCUUAACGUAAAUUUUACCCUUAAAAAACACUUGUAAUGUAUUAGAAUAAUCAUAUUAGCCUUUAUAACAUGUAUACAUUAAAAAUUACACAUUAAAAUACAAUCGAACCCAUUACAAAUUAAAAGUUACUCAUAAAGAGAUUAAAGAUACCAUAAAAAUUGUUAAAAGUUACCUAAAUUGACCGCCUUACAAUAAAAUUAAUGUAAGCCCGCCUUAUGCAAGCUUUAUUGUAAAGGGAGUUGUUAGAUGAGACAAAAUGAUCCCGGAACAAAAUAAAAAUGACGAAUUCAAACCAAUAAAGGCGGUAAUCAAUUUUCCUCACCAUGUCCUAUUAUAAAAUCCUGUGUCUUUCUAUAGCCAUCUCUCUUCACCUAAAUG